AUGUCGUCCGGGUAUCAACAAUACGGCGGUAAUCCUUAUGAAGGUGCCGGCCAAGCAGAAUCGGGUUAUGGGCAGUCAAAUCCGUACGGUGGUCAGGGCGCGCCAGGCGGUUAUGGAGCAUCAAACCCGUACGGCGGCGGCAAUGUAAAGGAACUGAACGCGCCGCCGCUUCAGCAUGAAGACUCGCAGUACUCGCAGGCGUCGCAAUACUCGCAACCGCCGCAGCAGCCGAUUUCGCACGGCGCGCAACCACUGAGUCAGCAAGACUUUCUCGCGCGCAUCGAUGGCACGAAGAGCAGGAUCAAUCAGCUCUCGGCGAACAUCACUGAGAUUGCGAACAUUCACCAACGGAUGCUGUCGUCGCCCGACAACCGCUCCUCAUCCCAGCUAGAGAGCAUAGUCUCCGAAACACAGAUCAGGAACACAUCGAUAAAGGACGAGAUCAAGUUUCUCGAAAAGGACGCGGCGCGGGAACCCCAAAACUCAUUCAAGCGAACACAGGUGGAAUCGUUGAAGCGCACUUUCAAGAGCCAGCUUGAGGAUUUCCAGAGGGAAGAGGCAGACUACUCCAAGCGGUACCGCGAUGCAAUUGCGAGACAGUACCGCAUUGUCAAUCCCGAAGCGACCGAGUCGGAGGUCCAAGAGGCGGCCAAUGCUGACUGGGGCGAUGAAGGCAUCUUUCAACAAGCUCUCAAGACCAACCGCAGUGGCCAGGCUAACAGUGUGCUCGGAGCUGUGCGGGCGCGUCACAACGACAUCCAGCGCAUUGAGAAGACUCUGGGUGAGCUUGCGCUGCUCUUCCAGCAGCUCAACGAGCAAGUCGUGUACCAGGAGGAACAGGUGACACGGGUCGAGGAGCAGACCGAGGACGUGAACAAGGACACGACACACGCAAACCAGCAACUCGACCAGGGCAUCAAGUCUGCUCGCCGAGCGCGAAAGCUCAAGUGGUGGACGCUGGGUAUCGUCGUGCUCAUCAUUGCCAUCCUCGCCGCUGUGCUCGGUGGCUACUUUGGCACCAGAGCCAAGAACAACUAG